AUGCCUUACCUCUACCGGGCCCCCGGGCCCCAGGAGCACCCGGUUCCCAGGGACGCCCGCCGCACCCACUCCUCGGGCCAGAGCUUUGAGCAGCUGAGGCAGGAGUGCCUACGGAAGGGCCUCUUGUUUGAGGACCCCGACUUCCCAGCCAACAGCUCCUCUCUCUUCUACAGCGAGAGGCCCCAGAUCCCCUUCGUGUGGAAACGGCCAGGGGAAAUAGUGCAAAAUCCAGAAUUCGUCCUGGGAGGGGCCACCAGGACUGACAUCUGCCAGGGGGAGCUGGGCGACUGCUGGCUGUUGGCAGCCAUCGCCUCCCUGACGCUGAACGAAAAAGCGCUGGCGAGGGUGGUCCCCCAGGACCAGAGCUUUGGCCCCGGGUAUGCCGGCAUAUUCCACUUCCAGUUCUGGCAGCACAGCGAGUGGCUGGACGUGGUGGUGGAUGACCGGCUGCCCACCUUCAGGGACCGCCUGAUCUUCCUGCACUCGGCGGAGCACAACGAGUUCUGGAGCGCCUUGCUGGAGAAGGCCUACGCCAAGCUGAAUGGGAGCUACGAGGCUCUGAAGGGCGGCAGCGCCAUCGAGGCCAUGGAAGACUUCACCGGAGGCGUAGCAGAGACCUUCACAACGAAAGAGGCGCCAGAGAACUUCUAUGAGAUUCUACAGAAGGCCCUGAAGAGGGGCUCUCUGGUGGGCUGCUCCAUUGACAUCAGAAAUUCUGCAGAAUCAGAAGCCCGGACGCCUUUUGGUCUUAUUAAGGGUCAUGCCUACACUGUGACGGGAAUUGACCAGGCAAACGUCCGAGGCCAGGCAACCGAGCUCAUCAGAGUCCGGAACCCUUGGGGCCAGGUCGAAUGGAACGGGGCCUGGAGCGACAGCUCUUCCGAGUGGCGAGCCGUUGGCCCAGCGGAGCGACAGCGCCUGUGUCACAGCACCCUCGACGACGGGGAGUUCUGGAUGGCAUUGAGUGACUUUAAGACCCAUUUUGACAAAGUGGAGAUCUGCAACCUCACGCCGGAUGCCCUGGAGGAGGACGCUCUCCAUAAGUGGGAGGUGACAGUCCACCAAGGAAGCUGGGUGCGGGGCUCCACGGCGGGGGGCUGCCGCAAUUUCCUGGACACCUUUUGGACCAACCCACAGAUAAAGUUGUCCCUGACUGAGAAAGAUGAAGGGCAAGAGGCGUGCACUCUGCUUGUGGCCCUGAUGCAGAAAGAUCGAAGGAAACUCAAGAGGUUUGGCGCCAACGUGCUGACCAUCGGCUAUGCCAUUUAUCAGUGCCCAGGCAGAGAGGAGCAUCUGAACAAAGACUUCUUCAGAUACCACGCUUCCCAGGCCCGAAGCAAAACAUUCGUCAACCUGCGGGAAGUCUCCGACAGGUUCAGGCUGCCCCCUGGGGAGUACAUCCUGAUCCCCAGCACGUUCGAGCCCCAUCAGGAAGCCGACUUCUGCCUGAGGAUCUUUUCAGAAAAGAAAGCCAUCACCCGGGACCUGGACGGAGGUGUGGACAUUGACCUUCCUGAGCCUCCAAAGCCGAGUCCGCCGGGCCAGGAGACAGAAGAGGAACAGCAGUUCAGGGCCCUGUUUGAACGAGUCGCCGGGGAGGACAUGGAGGUGACUGCAGAGGAGCUGGAAUAUGUUUUAAAUGCUGUGCUGCAAAAGAGAAAGGACAUCAAAUUCAAGAAGCUAAGCCUGAUUUCCUGUAAAAACAUCAUUUCGCUGAUGGACACCAGUGGCAACGGGAAGCUGGAGUUUGAUGAAUUCAAAGUGUUCUGGGACAAACUGAAGACGUGGAUCAACCUCUUCCUUCAGUUUGACGCUGACAGAUCCGGCACCAUGUCCUCCUACGAGCUGCGAACCGCCCUGAAAGCCGCAGGCUUUCAGCUGAGCCGCCACCUCCUGCAGCUGAUCGUGCUCAGGUACGCGGACGAGGAGCUGCAGCUGGGCUUCGACGACUUCCUCAACUGCUUGGUCCGGCUGGAGAACGCCAGCCGGGUAUUCCAGGUUCUCAGUACGCAGAGCAAGGAGUUCAUUCAUCUCAACAUAAACGAGUUCAUCAACCUGACAAUGAACAUCUGA